AUGUUUUGGUCCAGGCGAUUCCUCAAAUAUCGAACUGGUAUGUCUCCAGCGGACGGCGGUUCCACAAUUAGUCCUUCGCCAACAUCUCAACCAGCGUUCGAUAUUCAGGUCUCUCAUUCAAUACACAAGUUGACAAAAGAUCCGAGCAUAGAUCAAAGUGAUACGGUUGAUCCUAUGCAACUGUCCACUCUAUGCUCCGUGGCCUCCCAGUCCGUGAUGAUCAGUCCUACCGAGAUGUCCGUCUCUUCCCACACACCCCGUUGGACCGGAUACGACGGUCCGGUGUUCGGUCAAUCACUUGCAAGCUGGCAAAGACGCCUGGGUUAUCCUCUCCCAUCGGCUAUUGUGCAUAUGAUGGAUCAUCUAGAACGGAUUGGAGCCACCGCUCACGGAAUAUUCCGACGUCCGGGUGGGAAAGUUCGAACUCAAGCACUGCGUGAACAAAUCGAACGUGAUUUGACUUGGAAAAAUUUCGACGAUUGGCAACCAUAUGAUGUGGCCGAUCUACUGAAGCAGUUCUUCCGAGAACUACCCGAAUGUCUGCUCACAAGCAAAUUGUCCACGGUUCUUGUGAAUGUGUACAGCUGCAUUCCCACAUCUACCCAACUCGAUCUAUUGCGUUGGGUGCUAAUCGGCCUACCGGAUGAAAACCGAGUUGUGCUUCAGAAACUACUCUAUCUGCUGCAUAGUCUUGUUCGAUAUGCCCACGUGACUCAAAUGAGUGCAAGCAAUUUGGCCGUGUGCUUCGCUCCGUCACUUUUUCGGUUGAUCAGUGCGAGUUUUACAAGCCAAACAAAUGUUGGAUUGAGCCCAAGGCGACUUCGACGAACCACAAGCGGACCGGAUCCCAAAGACCUGGCUGAUCAACGCACCGCACAGCUCAGCCUAUCCGCCAUGAUCACACAUGCGCCCACACUGUUUGAAAUUUCGACAACGGUGCUUCGACGUGCUCGCCUCAUUCCGAACACUUUUGAGCCUCGAGACUUAGAGACAAUAAUCCCCGGUGGUGAUUGGCCCACUUGGAUUCAAUCGGAAAUCGGUCGGGUUUCACGAGAAUGCUCCAGUACCCGAUCCAAAGGAUGGUCUCUAUUAAGCCGAGAUGCGUGGAAGACCUAUCAGACCGGAUCAGGAGCUGGUGAGUCUCUCGAUGGGUUGGAAGUACAUUACAGAAAACCCACAAAUCCCAGUGACACCAAGUCUGGCCCACCUUUGAGAACAUGGCGUUGUUCACUUCCAGUCCCCGCGUCGGAUCCCAAGGAGAUCAUUGAUCGAUUUUGGCAUCAACGCGUGUCUUGGGAUCCGGAAGUCGGUUAUAUUCAGGUGGUGGAUCAGAUCUCCGACUGUGUGGAUGUGUGUGUAAUCACCUACUCAAGCACAUUCCCGCAACCUCCAUGCGAAGUGCAUGCGCUUCGUGGACGGCAGUGCAUGCUUGAGGACGGUGCCGCGAUUCUGUUAUGCGAGUCCAUCUCUGCCGCAUCGAUGACAUCCUCCGCUCUACCCUCCUCUCUCACUGGUGCUCAGUCAACCACGUCUGACAAUAUGUCCAAUGCCAUCGGACACAUUUACGAGGAACACGUAUACGUAAGACCGCUGGCAGACAAGAGCGGUUGUCGAGUGUUUCUCCUAUCACGUGUAGAUAUGAACUUUCAUCCCAACUGUUCACAGUCCAAGUCCUGGCAGGGACAGGAACCUAGGGAGAAACCCGUACCACAAAAAGAUCAGAUGGAACCUGCACAAUGCCUAGUGCGUGCAAUGGGCUAA